GGAAGUCAGAUUUAAACAAUUUGUGUUUACCCUUUUCCCACGGCGGAGGCGGUAAAUAACUUUAUUAUUUCGUCAUGCAAACAUCACACAACGCAUUUCAACACGAUAAAGCAUACGAACGUCACCAUAGUGACGUGAGCGUGUCGGUAUUACAUUUGUUUGAGGCAAUUUUAUACAAAAAAAAAAAUUGUAGGAGCUAAUCCGGUUAGCAUUGUUUGAAUGAGCUUCCGUUAGCAUGUAGCUAACAAAGUACUUUUAUUUUUUUUCCCCAAAUCCACUCCGUGUUUUGUGAGCGUCCAGCGGCGUGUCCGUGUCUGUGGGCGGUGAUUCACAAACCUUAUUUGUUCCUACUACUUUGAGCGCCAUCUUGUUUGGAACUUCUCCCCACGGCGCCAGUUUCCACUCGGAGGGGUGUCGUGUUACCCCGCCGCUCCUGCCUGCUCUGCGCGGGGAUUCUUCUGCCGCACUUCCUCCCCCCACGGACGUGUGCCUGCCACGUUGUUUCCACCCGGGACUUUUCACCACGAGGGGAGCAGAGAUGAGCAUCGAGACGCUUCUGGAAGCCGCCAAGUUUCUGGAACUGCAAGCCCAGCAGCAGCGAGCAGAGGAUGAACUGAAAGGAAAACUGCGCCUGGAUCAGCUGAGCGAGCAAAAGUGUGUCCAUUUGAACAACUACACCUCCGUGGGCUACAUCAACAAUGUUGUUAAAACAGAGGUACUGGACUCUGAGCGGCCCCCGGCCCCUUUGCCGCCGCCUCCCCCCUUCAUGCCCGUCGCAAUCAUUCCCUUCCCGCUGGUCACACCCAAAACGGAGGACUCGCCCCCCCGCCCCGUCACCCACUGGCCUCUUCCGCCCGCGGUCUCCCCCAAGAAGGAACCUCUUUCUCCUCAGGAAAUAGUCUCGCCGCCUUCUCCGCCGUCCAGAGCCGACGACGUGAGCCACCAGGAGCCGGCAGAGAAGCAGGCCAGUAACACUAAUGUCCAUCAGCACCCCGGCCCCAUGGUCUCGGCCCCGCAGCAGCCCACUGGAACCCCCCGGACACUAACGCCGCCCUCGCGGGGCAACAGCCCCACCAGCCGGGGGAGUCCUACUGAUGACGGCCGCCUGCUCGACCUCAAGAGACGGCCCGGCGGGGCGGGCACCAGAGAAGUGCAUAACAAGCUGGAGAAAAACAGACGAGCCCACCUGAAGGAGUGUUUCGAGACGCUCAAGAAGAACAUCCCCAACAUUGACGAGAAGAAAACUUCUAAUCUGAGCGUGCUGAGAAGUGCUCUGAGAUACAUCCAGACGUUGAAGCGCAAGGAGAAAGAGUACGAGCACGACAUGGAGCGCCUGGCCCGGGAGAAGAUAGCCACGCAGCAGCGACUGGAGGAGCUGAAAAACGAGCUGAACCAGUGGAUGGAUGUGGUGGAGAUCGACCGCGUGCUCCGGCAGACGGUGCAGCCUGAGGAGGACCAGGCCUCCACCUCCACCGCCUCAGAAGGUGAAGACGUCAUGGAUGACGAAGAUGACGACGACGACGACGACGUUCCCGUAAGCCAACAGACGGCCUCGCCCGGCGCUCCCCAAGUCCAUCCAGCCGAGCUACACAAGACACCCACCCCCGUCCAGACCCUGACUCUGCCCCCGUGCGCCCCCUCCUUCAUCGGCCAGCACAUCUCCAUCCAGCACAAGCUUCCUUUGCAGCCGACAUCCAGUCCACAGAUGCCAUCCAAGCCUUUAGCUCCGCCCAUGACCACCACGUGCAGCGUUCUCUCCGCCCCCAUCCCCGCCCAGCCCAGCUUGCACCCCACAGUCAUCGCCCACGCGUCCGUUUCCCACCCGUCGGUCAUCCAAGCGGUCAACCACGUCAUCCAGACGGCGGGAACCAAACACAUAGCCCACCUGGCGCCCUCAACUGCCGCCGGCUCCGUGCAGUUGGCGCCCGGCCAGCCGCCCAUCAGCCACAUCACCGUGCACCCGGUGGCCCACCUGGGUCAGCACCUGCCCGCCCUCUACCCGCAGCCCGUGGCCGUCACUCAGCCCGCCUUGAUCAGCCACAUCACGCACACGCUCGGACACGUCAACGGCGCCGCCGCCGGCCAGCCCACCGCCAUCAUGGCCAAACAGACGAUGGUGGCGCACCACCCGCAGCUGGUGGGUCAGACUGUUCUCAACCCCGUCACCAUGGUGACCAUGCCCUCCUUCCCCAUCAGCACCCUAAAGCUAGCCUGAGCAAGCGCCCUUUAAAAAGCGGGAAGACAACCAGGCUGCGUGUGAAGAUCCACACAACGAGCUUGCACACACACACACACACACACACACACACACACACACUAUUGUGCAGCAGUGAUGUUUACUGGCUAAUCCAGAGAAAAUGUGCAAACGGUUGUGGAAGGUGGACUACCCACUGGCACAUUUCUACCAGCCCACAAGCAGCACAUUGACAACGUGAGAUGGAAGCUCCGCCCCCUUCCUCUAGCAGCCAGGCUGGUGUGCAACAUCCAAACUGUGGACCGGUGCACUGGAGCGGAGUCCUAAAGGGCACACAUGCUACAGGAGCGCUCCCUGCUGUUCCCUCAUGGUAUAAGGCCUACACCGGAAGACACAAUGUUGGUAUUGAAAUAUAGCAUCGUCACAGAUGUUGAUAAACAUUCACCAGCCACAUGUAUGACGCAAAAAUGCCUUUACAAAAAUAGCAAAUGCUUAAUUUGAAGAAUUUUUUUUUGCACGCCAAAAAAAAAAUCCAAAGUGAGCAUUGUUAUUUGAACUAUUCAACAAUGAAGAUGAAUGUGGCGAGUGAGUAAAGCGUGACAUCUUUUUAAAUGUAAAACAAUUUGACCGUUUUCACUACAACUAACAGACUUUGUUGGCAUUUCAUAUCAUUUGUCUUUUAAAAGCCUACUGAAAUGAGAUUUUUUUUAUUUAAACGGGGAUAACAGCUCCAUUCUAUGUGUCUUACUUGAUCAUUUGGCGAUAUUGCUAUACAUUUGCUGAAAGGAUUUAGUAGAGAACAUCGACGAUAAAGUUCGCAACUUUUGGUCGCUAAUAAAAAAGCCUUGCCUUUACCGGAAGUAGCAGACGAUGUGCGCGUGACGUCACGGUUUGUGGAGCUCCUCACAUCUUCACAUUGUUUACAAUCAUGGCCACCAGCAGCGAGAGCGAUUCGGACCAAAAAAGCAACGAUUUCCCUAUUAAUUUCAGCAAGGAUGAAAGAUUCGUGGAUCAGGAAAGUGAGAGUGGAGGACUAGAAAAAAAAAAAAAGACGAGGGCAGUGGGAACAAUUCAGAUGUUAUUAGACACAUUUACUAAGAUAAUUCUGGAAAAUCCCUUAUCUGCUUAUUGUGUUUUAGUUACAUUAUAUAGUCGUACCUGAAAGUCGGAGGGGUGUGGUGACCACCAGUGUCUCCGAAGGAAGCCACAUUUCUCGGCGAGGCAAGGCAGCCGGGCUGAGAUUUUUUUGAUUUUUUUCCCUCCACAAAGUAAGCAUCCGACAGUCUGUGGCGGCUGGUGGGAGGAGGCAAGAGAGUCCACAGCUGCAGGAGGAACGACGCAAACUCUCUGCUCAUGUCUACGGUAAGAGCCGAAUGUAAACAAGGAAACACCGGCUGUGUUUGCGUUGUUAAAGGCUGCUGCAAUUCACCGCUUCCCUCCUUGACGUCUCCAUUAUUGAUUGAACAAAAUUGCAAAAGACUCAGCAACACAGAUGUCCAGAAUACUGUGUAGUUAUGCGAUCGUUGCAGGAUCAAAAUGUCCACUACAAUCCGUGAUGCCACGCGCACACGUCAUCAUACUGCGCAAAAUUUAAAAUUGCAAUUUAGUAAACUAACCCGGCCGUAUUGGCAUGUGUUGCAAUGUUAAUAUUUCAUCAUUGAUAUAUAAACUAUCAGACAGCGUGGUCGCUAGUAGUGGGUUUCAGUAGGCCUUUAAACUGUCACAUUUUUAUUUCCCAUAUUAGCACUGUGAACCUCAAAGAUGAGCAUCCGACCUGUGGUUAUCCUAGCACUUGCUGCUCUCUUCAAUAUUGUGACUUGUGGAGGAGCAGACUUAUCUUUUUUUUUUAUUAUUACAAGUAUAUUAAAGUAUCAUGUAACUUUUUAGUUCUGUCGCUUGUAACUUGUCAUGUCCAGUGUACAUUUUUUCGUGCUGUGUUGUAUGGGGACCAUGAUGUAGGCAGCAGUGCAGACCAUACACUUUAAGACUCACGCCCUCGUAGCACUGUGCUCUGCCCGCGUACGUCUUUCCCUGUUUUGUUGGGAUUCCAGAAAAUAUAAAAAAAAAAAAAAAAAAAAAAAAACACCUUUCUUGCAAGCAAUUCAGUUAGAAAUCAUGUCGGAGCACGAGAAACAUUAAAUGUCUAAAAGGUGUCAGGGGAUUCUGAUGCUCGGAAGACAUUAGCAAUACACGUUUUUUUUCCCUAUGGAGAAAGUUUUACUGUAAAUGGCCUCAAGGCUAAAUUUAGAUUUCACUAUGAUUUAAAAAUUAUAUGGAAAAAAUAAGUUAAUAAAUUUGUUUGCAAAUGUC